AUGACUACCAACGGGACCAAGAAGCCUUCUCUGUCCUUCACGGACAACUUUGUCCAGUACAUCGACGGACAGGUCACCCCGACCUCCAAGACUCGCCAUGGCAUCAACCCCGCCACGCUCGAGGCCAAGGCCGAGGUUCCCGUUGCUACUCAAGAGAACCUCGACAAGGCUGUCGAGGCUGCCAAGCGUGCCUUUAAGAAGUGGUCCAAGGUUCCCAAGGAGGAGCGACGAAAGGCUGUUCUCGCCUGGGCGGAUGCCAUUGACGCUGUAAAGGAUGAGUUUAGAGAUCUUCUCACUUCAGAGCAAGGAAAGCCUAUUCCCCAAGCUCAAGGCGAAGCUGAUGCUGCUGUCGCCUGGAUCCGAGGAAUGGCUGGCAUCGACCUCCCCGAGGAUGUCAUUGAGGACAGUGAAGCUCGCACAGUUGUGACACGAUACACCCCCCUCGGUGUCGUUGCCGCCAUAAUACCCUGGAACUUUCCCCUCAUGCUUGCCACGGCCAAGAUCGCCCCUGCUCUGCUGACCGGUAACGUCAUCAUCGUGAAACCCUCUCCCUUCACACCUUACUGCGGCCUCAAGCUUGUUGAGCUUGCACAGCAGUGCUUCCCUCCUGGUGUUGUGCAGUCGCUCAGUGGCGAUGAUAACCUUGGGCCUUGGAUCACUAGCCAUCCUGGCAUUGACAAGAUUUCUUUCACUGGAUCUACUCAUACUGGCAAGUUGGUGCUUCAAAGCGCGAGCAAGACUCUGAAGCGAGUGACUCUUGAGCUUGGUGGCAACGACCCUGCUGUCGUGUUCCCUGAUGUCGACGUGGACAAGGUUGCUGAGAAGGUGGCUUUCUUCGCCUUCCUGAACUCGGGUCAGAUCUGCCUCAACCUCAAGCGCAUCUACGUCCACGAGUCCAUCUACAACGAGUUCCGAGACGCCAUGGUCAAGCAUGUCAAGGCCUACGCUCUCGGCGAUGGCUCCAAGGAGGGCAUCAGCCAUGGUCCCCUGCAAAACUCGAUGCAGUACAACCGCGUCAAGACCUUCUUUGACGACAUUGAGAAGCAGGGAUGGAAGGUUGCCACUGGAGGCAAGAUGAACCCUGAACCUAACGGUGGAUACUUUGUUACUCCUACUAUUAUUGAUAACCCUCCUGAGAAGUCGAGGAUCGUUGUCGAGGAGCCUUUCGGCCCCAUCCUCCCCCUCAUGUCCUGGAAGACAGAAGAAGAAGUCAUCGAGCGCGCCAACGACACCCUCCUCGGCCUCGGCGCCUCAGUAUGGUCCAACGAUAUCAAGAAGGCCUCUCGCGUCGCACGGGAACUCGACGCUGGCACGGUCUGGGUCAACAACCACUUUGACAUUACGCCCUUGGCUCCCUUUGGCGGACACAAGGAGAGUGGUAUCGGUACUGAGUGGGGUACCAACGGUCUCAAGGGCUUCUGCAAUGUGCAGACGCUGUUUGUUAGCAAGACCAUUGUGAGCUAG